ACGUCACAGAGCAAGCUAGUGUUAAAAUGUCCUCAGGCGGGGGUGGAUUCCUACCAUCUGGCCCAGACCUCUCCAGGCCGUUCAUCGCUUGGCUCAUCUGUGCUGUGGGAAGUGGGUGGACAUGGCCUGGCGGAUGACACAGUUGCUGCUUCUGGCUUUGGUGGCUGCUGCAUGGGGUGCCCAGUCCGGGACUCCACAGGCCAGGACAGACCUGCUCAACGUCUGCAUGAACGCCAAGCACCACAAGACAAAGCCAGGCCCUGAGGACAAGCUACAUGACCAGUGCAGUCCCUGGAAGAAGAACGCCUGCUGCUCCGUCAACACCAGCCAAGAAGCCCAUAAGGAUAUUUCCUACCUGUACAGAUUCAACUGGGAUCACUGUGGCAAGAUGGAGCCCGCCUGCAAGCGCCACUUUAUUCAGGACACCUGCCUCUACGAGUGCUCACCUAACCUGGGGCCCUGGAUCCAGGAGGUGAACCAGAGCUGGCGCAAAGAGCGGGUCCUGAACGUGCCCCUCUGCAAAGAGGACUGUCAGAUCUGGUGGGAAGACUGCCGCACCUCCUACACCUGCAAGACCAACUGGCACAAGGGCUGGAACUGGACCUCAGGGUAUAACCAGUGCCCAGUGAGAGCUGCCUGCCACCGCUUUGACUUCUACUUCCCCACGCCUGCUGCUCUGUGCAAUGAAAUCUGGAGUCACUCCUUCAAAGUCAGCAACUAUGGCCGGGGAAGCGGCCGCUGCAUCCAGAUGUGGUUCGACCCGGCCCAGGGCAACCCCAACGAGGAGGUGGCGAAGUUCUAUGCUGAGACCACAAAUUCUGGGGCCAUGCCCCAGGGGAUUGGACCUCUCCUGCUCAACCUCACCCAGAUACUGCAACGCUGGUUCCUUGGCUAAGCUGUUUCCACUGCUGACACCUGGAUACCUUCCUUGCCUGCACCCAACCUCAGCUCAGCCCUGCUCCACUCUCUCAGAUGAGGAGGACUCACAAUACCCUGGUCAUUGGUUCCUGAUCCAAGGUCCUGUGGGGAUCCUCUGACAGCCUAUUCUAAUAAAUAUAUCUAUGUGUG